AAUGCAAAACGGCCUAAGAUGUUACGCCUACCAAUGAGAAAUACUUUUCUACAAAGCUUUCCCCGGUUAUCCACCGCGUCAUCUUCCUCGCUCUUCCGUCGCAUUCCACCUUCUACCUCCAAGUCCACGCCGCUCCCUCUUCCUCGAUCCAUCUCGACAUGCCUCUUACCCCGUAGCCGUCCCGGUUGCUCAACGUCCUUCUCUCAGACCUUCCAACGCUCAUCCAGUUCGUUCCGCGGCCGACCAUUCUCUACCUCCACAAAGCGAGGGUACCAGUAUGGAGGAAACCAGUAUCGGCGAUUCAAUGACCCGAGGCGCGAGCCGCUCUUCAUUCGCUUGAUCAAGGAUGCCAAACCACACCACUUUGUCAUAAUAGGGCUGGGGAUUAGUGGGUUCUACAUAUAUAACACCGACACGGUAGAGAUGACUGGUCGUCGACGGUUCAACUGCGUCUCCGCGCAACGGGAACUCGAGAUGGGUAGACAGAGCUAUCAGGAAGUCUUGAACGAAAACCGUGGAAGCAUUCUGCCCGAGUAUCACCCGCUCACCAUACAGGUGGAUCGUGUUCUUCAGCGCUUGAUCCCGCAGGCGCCGAUUGAAGGCGCAGACUGGAAGGUCCAUGUCAUAAAGGACGACAGCAUGCUGAACGCCUUUGUUCUUCCUGGUGGAAAAGUGUUUGUCUAUACCGGUAUCUUACCUAUAUGCAAAGAUGAGGACGGCUUAGCAGCCGUGCUAGGGCAUGAAAUUGCCCAUGUGGUGGCCCAUCACCCCGCGGAGCGCAUGAGCAAUAGCUUUAUUACCAUGGGAGCUGCCUUCCUGGUCUCACUGCUGUUUGACAUCUCUGGCCAACUUCCUUCAUUGUUUAUGAACCUUGCCUAUAGCCUGCCAAACUCACGAACCCAGGAGGCUGAAGCGGAUGAGAUCGGGUUAAUGAUGAUGUCGAAAGCGUGUUUCAACCACGAGGCCGCAGUCGAAUUAUGGGCACGCAUGCAGGAAGCUGAGAAGGGAGCACCACCACAAUUUCUGUCAACGCAUCCCUCGAGUUAUAACCGUAUGGAGGCGAUCCGUGAAUGGUCCAUCAAAGCGGAAGCAGCGUAUGAAGAUAGUGGGUGCCAUGCCAUUGGAGGCUUCAGUAAGAUCCUAUCCUCUUCAUUGUGGAUGUGGAUGCCUCAGUCCCAGGUGCAUAACUUGAGAGGAAGUCUUUUGUCAUUAUGUCGUUGUCUAUGCCUGGUCCCUCCCAGGCCGGGCUUUUCAAGCCUGGCUAUCAGAGCUAAUUCUGGAAUCUGCAGCCACGAUGCCGAAGAUGGCGCCGUUAUCCGUAACAUCGAAGCCUGCCAGGCUAUCUCGCAGACCGUCCAAACGUCGCUUGGUCCUUAUGGCCGCAACAAGAUCGUCAUCAACCACCUGCAGAAGAUGGUUCUUACUUCCGAUGCCGCUACCAUUCUGCGGGAGCUGGAUGUCGUACAUCCUGCCGCCAAGCUACUUGUCAUGGCCAGUCAGCAGCAGGACGUGGAGAUGGGUGACGGUACCAACCUGGUCAUCAUCCUGGCCGGAGAACUGUUGAAGAAGGCUGAGGAAUUGCUCCGUUUGGGAUUGAAGACGAGCGACAUCGUCCAGGGUUAUGAGAAGGCACAGAAUUUUGCCCUCAAGGUGCUAGAAGACCUCGAAGUCGAUCGCCUGAAGGAACUGCGCUCUCAGGAAGAGCUCAGCAAGGCUCUUCGUACAGUCGUCGCUAGCAAGCAGUCCGGAACGGAGGAUACCUUGGCCGCGUUGGUUGCAGAAGCCGUGCUCGCCGUCCUGCCUAAGAACCCCGUUAACUUCAACGUCGACAACGUUCGUGUGGUGAAGAUCAUGGGUGGUAGCUUGGAACAGUCUCGUGUGGUGAAGGGAAUGGUCCUUGGCAGGGAACCCGAUGGCACCAUCAAGAAGGCUUCCAAGGCCAAGGUCGGCGUGUUCAGCUGCCCCAUCGACAUCUCUCAAACCGAAACCAAGGGCACUGUGCUGUUGAAGAGCGCGGAUGAGAUGCUCAACUUCACCAAGGGUGAGGAGGAACGCCUCGAGACCGCCAUCAAGGAACUCUAUGACUCCGGUGUUCGUGUCGUUGUGGCCGGUUCCUCCGUUGGUGACCUGGCCAUGCACUACCUCAACCGCUUCAACAUCCUCGUGAUCAAGAUCCUCUCCAAGUUCGAACUCCGCAGACUUUGCCGUGUCGUCGGCGCUACCCCUCUUGCCCGUCUGGGAGCCCCUAUGCCCGACGAAAUGGGUAGCAUUGAUGUCGUUGAGACCACCGAAAUCGGCGGUGACCGUGUGACCGUCUUCCGUCAAGAGGAGGCCAACGCCGUGACCCGCACAGCUACCAUCGUUUUGCGUGGAGCGACACAAAACCACUUGGACGAUGUCGAGCGCGCCAUCGACGAUGGUGUGAACGCGGUCAAGGCCAUCACCAAGGACCCCCGUCUGGUUCCCGGCGCAGGCGCUACUGAAAUCCAGCUCGUGGAGAAGAUUUCUGCAUUCGCCGAUCGGACCCCAGGAUUGCCUCAGCAUGCCAUUCGUAAGUACGCCGAGGCUUUCGAGGUCAUCCCCCGCACCCUUGCGGAGUCUGCUGGUCUCGAUGCCACCGAGGUUCUUUCUCGCCUGUACACAGCCCACCACCGCACCAGCACUGGUGCCGAAGCUUCGUCAGAAGAGGAGUCGGGUAGCUCUGAGGAAGAGGAGCCAUACUGGACCACCGGUGUUGAUCUGGAAUCGUCGACCUCGGCCGGUACUCUGGACACCGUUGAGGAGGGUAUUCUCGACCUGUUGGCUUCCAAGAGCUGGGCUAUUCGCCUGGCCAGUGAGUCCGCGCGGACAGUCCUCAGUGUCGACCAGAUCAUCGUUGCCCGUCAAGCCGGUGGUCCCAAGCCGCCAGGCCCCAACGCCAACUGGGAUGAGGAUUAA